CUUUACCUUAUUAUUGCAUCAUGUCAGAGAGAGUUUCCUGCAACGAAAAAAUGCCCAAUUAUAUUCUUAAAAAGAAGGAAACGGAAAAGUCCUUUUACUGCCAUUUCUCGUAAAAAAAGUACUCACGAAAUAAUUCUUAUUACAACGAAAAUUUAAUAAAACAAGAAACUAAUAAUUUUUAAGCAUUAACAUAGGUGUCUCAAUAUUCCAGUGUAGACACUUUAGAAAAUUGUGUGAUUAAAGUGGACUUUAGCCGUAUUAUCAUAUAUAACAAAUAUACAUAUAUAUAUUUCUUUUUGGUGGUGGCGUUAAUUGAAAACGAACAGCGUGAAUGAAGAUUUUUACAAUUUUGUGGUAUUUUCUCAAAAUGUUUUAUCAACUUUUAUGUUGUUCCUUUAGUUUCCUAACAUUUCUAUUCAAUGUCUUCUGGUUCAUGUGUAACCUGGCCUCAGCCGGUAUACCAUGGUUCACAGUGCUACUUGUAGUCAUAUGUGUAGCCUCGAAAUUUGUCAAACUAAAGAGUCCCGAUGAGAAACAGCUGCUCAGACUAUUGGCAGCCGGCAGUCAAGGUCUCUAUCCAGAGGAUCUAUCAUUUUGGCCUAUAGCCCAUAGAGGAGCGGGCUAUGAUGCUCCUGAAAAUUCAAAGGCCGCCUUAAAAAAGUGCAUUACUCGUGGCUACCGCAACGUUUUAGUUGAUGCCGGUCUCACCUCUUGUGGCAAAAUUGUCAUUGUCAAUCGUUUGACCUUGGAAAAGGCUGGCCUAUCCGGUAGCAUUGCUCUUCACACUCUGGAGUCAUUAAAGAAUAUCAAUAUUGCCGAAUUACAUCCAAUGGGCAAACACUUUGAAGCCGAAUAUGUUUUAACUUUAAAAGAACUUUUAGAUUUUCUAGAAGAUCAACGACUCACCGUUUUCCUAUACAUAUCCGAUAAUAGUUCCCAAAUGUUGGAGUGUCUAAAGACAACUAUUAAAGAGAAUCCUUUAUUUAUACAACGUAUUAUUUUAAUCAGCAGAUCUCCAAUAACAGUUUAUCAGCUUCGUAAACAAUUUCCCGAACUGAUAUGCGGCCUAUGGACUGAAAAAUCUUUGGCUUUACCUUUACUUAAAGCUUCAACAUUGAUUACCUCAAUAUAUGGUGCAUUCUUUCGUAAUAUAAUCUCACCAGUUAUAGGCAUUAGUGUCGUUUUUGUCUCAAAGGAAGAAUUUAAUUUACACAUUGCUGAACUAUGGCGUAAUGUUGGCGUCCGACCAAUUGUUUAUAAUGUUAAUUCACCGAACGAAAAACGUUACUUCCAAAAAACUAUGAAGACACAAUAUCUAACCGAUUCUUUAAGAUCCGAACCUCAUUUAUUAAUGAAAGCUUAAAAGUCAAAAGUAAAAUACUUAUAAAUAUUAUGAAUAAUCUACUAAAGAUCUACUAAA